GUCCGCACAAUCUGCAUCCCCAACGUCUACUCCUAUUUUUCUUUUUCAAGAAAAGGGUUUAUUAAUUAUAACUUAUAAGCAGCUUCAUCUUCUAGGGUUUAUCAUUCAUCUUCUCCGCACAAUCUGCAUCCUCAACGUCUACUCCUAUUUUUCUUUUUCAAGAAAAGGUUUAUUAAUUAUAACUUAUAGGGUUUAUCAUUCAUCUUCUCGCUGUUAACAAUGAAAGUCAAGGUAAUCUCACGCUCUACUGAUGAGUUCACGCGCGAGAGAAGCAACGACCUCCAGAGAGUGUUUCACAACUUCGAUCCUAAUUUGAGAACUCAAGAGAAGGCGGUUGAGUAUGUUAGAGCUCUCAAUGCCGCCAAAUUAGAGAAGGUUUUUGCGAGGCCGUUUAUCGGAGCAAUGGAUGGACAUAUUGAUGCAGUGACAUGUAUGGCUAAAAAUCCGAAUAAUUUGAAAGGAUUAUUUUCUGGUUCUGCUGACGGAGAUAUUCGUCUCUGGGAUCUAGCUAACAGGCGAACAGUUUGUCACUUUCCUGGUCACCAGGGUGCAGUUAAGGGUGUAACAGUAUCCACAGAUGGCCGGAUACUUGUAUCAUGUGGGAGCGAUUCAAGUGUCAAACUCUGGAGUAUCCCUACUGAUACUGUUAUGGAUACGGAAGACUCUUCGAGUGACACUCCGAAGCCAUUGGCAGACUAUGUCAGGACAAAUCCAAAUUUCAGGGCCGUUGAUCACCAAUGGGAUGGUGACCUCUUUGCCACAGCUGGUGCUCAAGUGGACAUAUGGGACCAUAACAGGUCUCAGCCAGUAAACAGUUUCGAAUGGGGAGUAGAUACAGUGAUAUCAGUUCGGUUCAAUCCCGGUGAACCAAAUAUACUUGCAACAUCGGCUAGUGAUCGUAGCAUAGUAGUAUAUGAUUUGCGGAUGUCAUCACCAGCAAGAAAGCUUAUCAUGCAGACAAGAACCAAUUCAAUAGCUUGGAAUCCCAGGGAACCAAUGAAUUUUACAGCUGCAAAUGAAGAUUGCAAUUGCUACAGCUAUGAUGCCAGAAAGUUAACCGAAGCCAAGUGUGUUCAUAAAGAUCAUGUUUCUGCAGUGAUGGAUAUUGAUUACUCACCAACUGGUCGGGAAUUCGUGACAGGAUCUUAUGAUAGAACAGUGAGGAUUUUUGAAUAUAAUGCUGGUCAUAGCAGAGAAAUCUAUCAUACAAAGAGAAUGCAGAGGGUAUUUUGUGUGAAGUUCAGUGGUGAUGCAACUUAUGUGAUUUCCGGAAGUGAUGACACUAACCUUCGACUUUGGAAGGCUAAUGCAUCUGAACAACUGGGAGUUCUUCUGCCAAGGGAACGUAAACAACAUGACUAUCGGGAGGCUGUUAAGAAUCGUUACAAGCACCUUCCUGAAGUGAAGCGUAUUGUGAGACAUAGACACCUACCAAAACCAAUAUACAAGGCAUCAGCUCUUAGAAGAACUAUGCAGGAAGCAGAGAAGAGAAAAGAAGAUAGAAGAAGAGCACAUAGUGCCCCGGGGAGCAUGCCAAAAGAAUCUGUCCGUAAGAGAAGAAUUAUUAAAGAAAUUGAAUGAGUAUCUUUGUUACUUUGCAGUAGGCUACCAGCGGCAGGGAGUCCUUGAUGUGAGUAGACCUUGUAAGAUCUUCCGCAAGACCUUGUAAGAUCUACUGGGUAAGCUGGGCUUUAAUGUGCAACGGGGCAUUCAAAUUUUGGUUGAUUAGCAAGCAGCUUGAAAACAAGGUUGGAUAUGAUAUAAAUUUGUAGCUUUAAUCUAAAAUUUAAUGUAAUCUUUUUAACAAAUAUUUACGUUUUUAAAGACAGAUCUGUUUUCUGUAUCAUUGAAGAAAAUAUGUAACAUUGAUUUCUUUUU